GCGAGUUUAUCUUCGAGGACGGAGGCGACUAAGUCAUCUAUGGGCGGUUCAGUAGUUAAUUGGUCAGGUCAAGGGUUACAAAAAUUGGGACCAACUUUGUCCUGUGAUGCAGAUACACAUACUUUGAUUCUGGAUAAAAACCAGUUAAUUAAAUUGGAGCACCUGGAGAAAUGCAGGAAAUUGAUGCAGUUGUCUGUUGCAAAUAAUCGGCUGGUACGGAUGAUGGGUGUAGCAAAGCUCACCCAGCUUCGGGUAUUAAACUUGCCUCAGAACAGUAUUGGUUAUGUGGAAGGUCUGAAGGAUCUAGUGCAUUUGGAGUGGCUGAACCUGGCAGGAAAUAAUAUAAAGUUGAUUGAUCAACUCAACAGCUGCACAUCACUUCAACACCUAGAUUUAUCAGACAACAAUAUAUCCCAAAUAGGUGAUAUCUCGAAGCUUUCCUCUCUGAAGACACUUCUGCUGCAUGGAAAUAUCAUAACAUCAUUGCGUACGGCUCCUGCUUGUUUACCUCAAGGUCUUGCUAUUCUUUCUUUGGCAGAAAAUGAAGUCAGAGACUUAAAUGAGAUAUCCUUCUUGGCUUCUUUCUCUGAGCUGGAGCAGUUGUCAAUUAUGAACAAUCCUUGUGUGAUGGCCACUCCUUCCAUCCCAGGAUUUGACUAUCGGCCAUAUAUUGUUAGUUGGUGUCUCAGUCUUAAAGUCCUUGAUGGCUAUGUGAUUUCUCAGAAAGAAAGUUUGAAAGCAGAGUGGCUUUACAGUCAAGGAAAGGGAAGAUCUUUUCGCCCAGGCCAGCAUGUUUCAUUAGUACAUUACCUUGCCAGUGUUUGCCCUCUUACCACUAUGUUUGGACUCCAAACUGCAGAGGAUGCCAAACUGGAAAAAAUACUACAUAAGCAAAGGUUGCACCAGAGGCAACUGAUGUACCAAAGCCAAGCUGAUGAGAUCUCGGUUUCCUUGUCUCGGAAUAAAGGGAUGCCUGUUGCCAGUGAGCCAAAUAGCCCUGUCCAUGUGCCACAAAUAAGGACCGAACAAGAACCUGUUAUCCAAAAGAAUUCUUGGGUUGGGUCAAGACCUAAUGAUGACCAUUCCUAUGCAAUUACAACUGUUUUUCCAGCUUCUUCACAAGGUGAAAGAAAUGCUUGUGAGGAACUUUAUCUGGAAGACAUACAAACUGAUGAGGACAAACUAAACAGCAGUCUUCUGACCUCAGAGUCUACUUUUAUGCCUGUUGCUUCAGGGCUCUCACCGAUGUCUCCUACUGCUGCAGUAUUGAGACUUCAUGGAGUCUGUAUUGAUACAGAAAAUAUGGAGGAUGCUAACACUGGGCUUGUAAAACAGGUUAAUAAGCAAGAUGAAGAAAGACAGGAAAAGACUUUUUUGGUUCUUGAAGAAGAUCCCAUCAAAUCAACAGAGACUAUGGAAACUCAAAUGCAAGGGCAAAAAGAAGGCACAUUGUCCGCUUCCAGUGAAUCAGUGGUCACUGUUACUCUACCCACUGACAUCAGAAGCUGUCAGGCGUCCUCCAAAGACUGUGUUCAGUGUAGUCAGGUCAAGCAGUUGCAUACACCUGAAGAAGACAUAAUCAAAACUGCUUGCCUUGCUACAUAUCUAGAAGAAAGAUCAGAUGCCUCUGCUCCUUUACUUCAAACGGAUGAUGCACUUCAAGAAAUGAACAGAGCAGCCACAAAGCUUCAAGCCUCUUGGAGAGGAUAUUACACUAGGAACCACCAUUCCAGAACCAAAGAGGUGCGCUAUGAAAUACGACUCAGCAGAAUGCAGGAACAUAUUAUGCAUUUAACUGAAGAAGUAGAAAAACUGAGAAAAGAGAAGGAUGAAGAAAAACUUCAAAGAAUGGUGCAAGAGGAGGCUGUCAAAUUCCUUUGGGACCAGGUUAGAUCCAUGCAGGAGUGGCAGCUUUCUGUGAACCAACAUCUAAGUGUUGCCAGGCAGCAUGGCAUCCCUACAUCAAGUGCUUUGUGUCCUUCAGAGUUACCCAAAGAGACAUCCAGACUGAAUCAAGUACUGUCUCCUGUUGCUAGUUCUACCUGGGUAGUUUCAGGUGCUGAAGCUUGUCAUAAUCAGUCCUUACCAGAAUUUCCUGAUUCAGGAUUUCAUUCCUGUGUGACUGACCAAAAUUGCCUUAAUGAAUCACAGAGAUCUGAAGAAAGUUUGGUGGAAACAAAUGAGAGCACUCUAGGGACUUCUUUGGAAACAGUCAAACAGCAUGAAGAUUCUCUUUCAGGCUGCUUUUCAGAUGCAGAAGAUGUCCGACUGAACCAUGCGGAAUGUAGUGAAACGGGGUCUAACAGUGAGCAGGACAGUAGCCUUCUCCAGCAGUAUUUGAAAUCAGUUGAGCAGCUAGAUGAUACUCUAAGCUGCAGCCAUGAGACAGAAAGCAGUAGGCUCCAGGCAGCUGUUUUAUUAGAAAACUUAGAUGCCACAGGCUUCCAAGAUGCAGCUGCAUCAUCACAAGAUGGAAUUGGUCAGGCAUCAGAAGAGUGUAAUUUGAAUGCAGAGACAGCAAAAGGAAAACCGACAGACUGUGACUCUUCAUUCCAGGCACUUCCUGUUAGCAUAACUGUAGCAGGCAUAGACCUGUUGGAACAGUAGAAAAGCUUCUUUUAAUAGAUUUUUUUGUUGGUGGUGGUGUUAUUUAUUAAAAAUGAUUUUUUAACA